AUGGGCGGCCGUGAUGCUGCCGCUGCGCUCCAUGCUUCUGAAACAGAGUUAAUUUCUGGUGGAUCUGAUAAACAACUCAUUCUUUGGGAAUGGAAUCGAACAGGAACAUGGAGUAAUCAGCUUGUGAAAAGCAUUCCUCUCAAAGGCCAUACUGAAGCUGUUUGUGCUGUGGAUGCUGUCUACCAGUCAGACGAACCUGAUUUAAAUCUGCUAAUAGCUUCUGCAGCUUCUGACUCUACUGUGAGAAUCUGGUCUCAGCAUGGCUCAGAAGCUAAAUGCAUUGAAAUUCUGCAGUUUGGAAAUGGGUUUGUUAUGGAUGUCUGCUUAUCCUUCUUGCCUGGUAGCAAUGUGCCAAUACUGGCUUGUGGUGGUGAUGACUGCAAAAUAAGUUUGUUUAUACAGCAGAACGGUCAGUUUCAGAAAACGUUAAUACUCCCUGGCCAUGAAGAUUGGAUAAGAGGCAUUGAAUGGGCAGUCUGUGGUGAAGACCUUUUCUUAGCAAGCUGUGCUCAGGAUUGUUUGAUAAGAAUUUGGAAAGUGUGUGCAAAAUCAAAGGAACUUCCAGAAACUGAAGAUGAUUCCAUAAGACUGAAAGAGAAUGUUUUUACUGUCAAAGAUACUGAUACAACAUACGCAAUUACUUUGGAGUCUGUGUUGGCUGGUCAUGAAAACUGGGUAUAUGCAGUUCACUGGCAACCUUCAAUUUCCAAAGAUGGCAGCAUGCAACAACCAAUGAGGAUAUUGUCUGCAUCAAUGGACAAAACUGUGAUCAUCUGGGAACCUGAUAAGGAAUCUGGAGUCUGGCUGGAACAGGUGCGAGUUGGUGAAGUGGGUGGCAAUACCCUUGGAUUUUUUGACUGUCAGUUUAGUCCAGAUGGUUCAAUGAUUGUUGCUCAUGCUUUUCAUGGUGCACUACACCUUUGGAAACAGGCUACAGUUAAUAAGAAAGAAUGGACUCCAGAAGUUGUGAUUUCAGGACAUUUUAACAGUGUAGAGGAUGUAAAGUGGGAUCCAGAAGGAGAGUUUAUCAUCAGUGUUGGUUCUGAUCAAACUACUAGACUCUUUGCUCCAUGGAAAAGAAAACAAGAGGCAGAGGUAACCUGGCAUGAAAUUGCAAGGCCUCAAGUACAUGGAUAUGACAUGCGUUGUCUGGCAAUGAUCGGCCGGUUUCAGUUUGUGUCGGGAGCAGAUGAAAAAGUGCUUCGAGUUUUUUGUGCUCCCAAGAAUUUUAUAGAAAAUUUCAGUAACAUCACUGGUAUUCCAGUGGAGAAGCUGUGCUCCCACCAAUCAUCUGAUCUUCCAGAAGGUGCAACUGUGCCAGCUUUGGGAUUAUCCAAUAAAGCCAUUUUUGAAGGAGAUAUGUCUGUUCAACCAGCUGAGGAUGAAGAAACAUUUAAUACCAUUUCAAAUCAGUAUCCUGAGAUUUAUUUUCAACCCUUGAUCCUUACAGAACCUCCUCCAGAGGAUCACUUGCUGCAGAAUACCUUGUGGCCUGAAAUUCAGAAGUUAUAUGGACAUGGAUAUGAAAUUUUUUGUGUUGCUUGCAAUAAUGCAAACAGUGUAAUUGCCUCAGCAUGUAAGGCUUCCAAAAAAGAACAUGCAGCAAUCAUUUUGUGGAGCACUACUUCUUGGAAGAAACUGCAGAGUUUGUCAUUUCACAAUCUGACUGUUACUCAGCUGGCAUUUUCUCCUAAUGACAAAUUUUUAUUAGCGGUUUCUAGAGACAGGAAUUGGUCACUGUGGAGGAAACGAGACUCAGAGUCAGGUAAAAUAUGACCAGUUUUCAGUUGCUGUGCAUACACAGACAAAAAUACAGCUGUUCACAGUCGAAUAAUUUGGUCUUGUGACUGGACACCAGAUAGCAAGUAUUUUAUUACUGGCAGUCGGGACAAAAAGGUCAUUAUCUGGGGCCAGUGUGAGUUAUCUGAGACUACUGAAGGAAAUAUGUUGGAUUCAGUCAAGCCUUGUUCAACAGUACUGGAUGCUGGGGAUUCCGUUACUGCUGUUAGUAUAAGCCAUGUGCUCACUCCUGAUGGAAGGUAUAUUGUUGCAGUAGGCUUAGAGAAUGGGAAGAUUAUCUUGUUCACAUGGAAGCAGAGUGGGCAAGAACCAGCACUAGCUGAUUGGACCAUGUGUGUUGAGAUGGACAACAGCCAAAGUCAUGCUCUUGCUGUGAAACGUUUAUGUUGGAGACAUCAUGCGGGCAGAGCUGGACAUAAUGAUCAGAACAGCAGCGAGUGGUUGCAGCUUGCAAGUUGUGGAGCUGAUCACUGUGUUAAGAUAUUCAAUGUCAACAGAUUUGCUCUUUAG